UAGAACAAUGGCUUCAUCGAUUUUACAAAAUGACUUUACAGCAUGUUCUAUUUGUUUUGAAAAAUUCAGGAUACCAAGAUGCCUGCCUUGUUCACAUUUGUUUUGCCACGGAUGUCUAUUGUCCUACAUUGUGACUUCGUGUGAAUCUAAAGAGACGCCCAUUGGGUUUUUAUGUCCACUUUGUAGGGAAUUUAUCCCAUCACCAGUACCUACCGACAAGCCAGAAAACUGGGCUGAUAAGUUUCCACGCUGUGAAAUGCUCGAAAAAUACAACAGUUUAAUGGAAUCUAGAUUAUGUUCAGCGUGUCAGAGAGAAAACGAAGAGGAGGAGGCAACAAAUAUUUGCUUGCAUUGUGAAGAUGCCUUAUGUUUAAUAUGUACGAAAUACCAUAGAAGAAAUCGAUCGUCAUCCACUCACAAAAUAAUUCCUCUAAAUCACCCAGAGGCAAUUAUGCAGUUGACAGCUGCUUUACAACAAAACGAAAUUUGUCCAAAACAUCCGGACAAAGAUAUCGAGUUAUACUGCAAUGACCACAAUGAAGCAUGCUGCACUCUCUGUGUAAGUAUGGAGCAUAGAAAAUGUGAGAGCAUCGACGACAUAGAGAAAGCUGCGGGGAAAAUAAAGAAAAGCGAUAAUCUACAAGCAUUACAAGAAGGAUUGGGAAAAUAUGAAGUGGACUUGCAAAAGGCAAAAAAGAAUAAUGAAGAUAAUAUUAGUGAGAUAGACAAUAAUUCUGAUCUUAUUAUAGUGGAAACAAAAAAGUUGAAAAGGGAAAUUAUUGAACAGUUAGACAAACUUGAAAGCGAGCAUCAAGAUGAAUUGAGCAAAGUAACGAAGGAGAGCAGAGAGAU